AUGGGCUAAUCAAAAUUAGGCCCAUAGAAUUCAGAUAAGUCAUUUUCAAUUAUUCGCUUUUAUUAAGAUAAAUAGUAUUAAUUUAGUGAAGACAUAAAUGAAGAGUUUCUAAACAAUGCCUUAAAUUUUAGUCAUUGGCAUUUUAUGAUUCAUGAAUCAUUAAUUGUAAAUGGAUAUUUAUUUUCAAAUUGCAAACUCACUUUAAAUUCAUCUUUUAAUCAUAACAAAUCUAGAAUUAUUUUACAAAAAGAAAAUAAAAUUUUAACUUUUUAACACGAAUUUGAAAGAGUGAGUAAUGAUUUUAGAUUUAAAUAAAAUUCUUAUAUAAAAAACACAACAAUAGAGGAAGUCAAUAUAAUUGAACUCUAUAGAUAAUUAAACCAAUAAAAUUAAGAAAAUAUUAUAUUAUUAGAUAGUUUUGGAACUGCUAAUUCAACAAUACAACCAUCUUUUAGAGGAAGAUAACAUAAUUAAAUAAAGAAAAUAUAAUAAUCGUCAGAUGAAGAAGAUUUUACAGAUUUUGAAGAUAAAAGUCAUUCUUCAAGUCCUUUUGUAAACAGAAUUCAAAAGAAUUAAAUUAGCUCAAAAUUCAAUAAACUUUUACCUUCUGAUAGUGAUAGUGGAUAAGAUAUUAACAAAUCAAAUAAUACUUAAAAAUAAUCUAAUUAUCAAGAAUCUCCUUUAUCAAUUACUAAUCAAUAAAAUAUGGAAGAUGAUAAAUAAGAAUAAGAGUUAGUUUAUUAAAUAAAUUCAGAAAUUAGAAAUUUGAAGAAUAAAAUAGAAUAGAAUAUAGGUCCUUCUUAUAAAAAUUUAGAUGUUUCAGAAGAAUAUACAACUAAUUAUUAAAAAUUAAUUGAAAAGUAGCGCAAUUAAAAAGUAUUAGUUAUGACAAUUCAUUUUAGGCCAUUUAUAUAUAAAGAAAUUCAUAAUAACAAUAAUAAAAUUAUGGAAAUAAAAAAUAAUCUUUAAACUCUACUGUUUUAAAUUAUAAAAUUGAAAAUCAAAAUUAAUAAUAAUUUAAUUAACUAUUUUCUUAAGAAAAAGUAUAUUAAAAACCUGAAUAGAUUAAAUUUAUUUCUGUAAAAAUAAACUCCAAUUUAUAAUUACCUCAAAAUUCUCAAAAAUCAAAGAUAUCAACAUCAAAAGAAACCUAAGUUCCAAUAUCAUCUGAAAAGUUAUUAAACUCUCCAAGAAGUUUUUAAUAAACAAGUAAUUUAAGCCACACUACUGGUUCAGAAUCAAAUUUAAAUUAUAAUACUUUAAAAUAAAAAAACCCCUAACCAUAACCAAUUAAUAUAAAAAUAGAUUUAAAAGCUAUGUCAAAAAAGCCAGGAUGA